GAGCUCCAAGUGGCUUCCUGCUGCUUGUCUCUAAACCCCUCCACAUUCCUGCUGCUCUCAGACCGCCAGAACUCUUCUGCCGCCUGCCUGACUGUCCGCCUGCCUGCCUGUGCCGAGGGUUCCCAGCACCAUGAGGGCCUGGAUCUUUUUUCUCCUUUGCCUGGCCGGGAGGGCCCUGGCAGCCCCACAGCAGACGGAAGUUGCUGAGGAGAUAGUGGAGGAGGAAACCGUGGUGGAGGAGACAGGGGUACCUGUGGGUGCCAACCCAGUCCAGGUGGAAAUGGGAGAGUUUGAGGAAGGUGCAGAGGAAACUGUUGAGGAGGUGGUGGCUGACAACCCUUGCCAGAACCAUCACUGCAAACACGGCAAGGUGUGUGAGCUGGACGAGAGCAACACCCCCAUGUGUGUGUGCCAGGACCCCACCAGCUGCCCCGCUCCCAUUGGCGAGUUUGAGAAGGUGUGCAGCAAUGACAACAAGACCUUCGACUCUUCCUGCCACUUCUUUGCCACCAAGUGUACCCUGGAGGGCACCAAGAAGGGCCACAAGCUCCACCUGGACUACAUUGGACCAUGCAAAUACAUCGCCCCCUGCCUGGAUUCCGAGCUGACCGAAUUCCCUCUGCGCAUGCGUGACUGGCUCAAAAACGUCCUGGUCACCUUGUACGAGAGAGAUGAGGGCAACAACCUCCUCACUGAGAAGCAGAAGCUGCGCGUGAAGAAGAUCCAUGAGAACGAGAAGCGCCUGGAGGCUGGCGACCACCCUGUGGAGCUGCUGGCCCGAGACUUUGAGAAGAACUACAACAUGUACAUCUUCCCUGUCCACUGGCAGUUUGGCCAGCUGGACCAGCACCCCAUUGAUGGGUACCUGUCCCACACCGAGCUGGCCCCCCUGCGCGCUCCCCUCAUCCCCAUGGAACAUUGCACCACACGCUUCUUUGAGACCUGCGACCUAGACAACGACAAGUACAUUGCCCUGGAGGAAUGGGCCGGCUGCUUUGGCAUCAAAGAGCAGGACAUCAACAAGGAUCUGGUGAUCUAAGUUCACGCUUCCUGCUGCAGUCCUGGACUCUCCUCUCCCUCUGAUGUUCCCCCCCUUCAAUUACCCCUUUGUUUAAAAUGUUUGGAUGGUUGGCUGUUCUGCCUGGGGAUAAGGUGCUAACAUAGAUUUAACUGAAUACAUUAACGGUGCUAAAAAAAAAAAGGAGUAAGAAAGAAAGAAACUCGAAUCCAAAUCACAGCAUUUUCCCACAUAACUCUGAGGCCGUGGCCAUUCACAGCCCCCUCGUGCCCUGCACUGCCCAGUGUCUCACUGGCUGUGUUGGAAACCAAGUUGCAUAAGCUCGCCUACCACAAGCAUGAGAUAUCUCUAGCUUUCAUUUCCAUUUUGCAUUUGACUGUAACACUCACCCAGACUCUCUGCUUAUUUCAUUUCGGGGGGAUGCAGGCUUCCUGGGGUUUCCCCCUGGUGGUUUGGAGGUAGGCAAGGGAAGUUACAGACACAGAUAGAAAAUUUGGGCAAGGAUGCUGUGAGACCUGAGGACUCACCAGUCAGAACCCAGAUGGCAGGCAAGUUUAGUAGCCUAGGUCAACGACUGACAGAAUAAUCCAGAGCUGUGACGCACAUACAGACUCCCGGCAGCCCAGGACCUUGCCCUCUCCUCCAGUCUUUGGGCGGUUCUUUCCAUGUUUGGCUGUUGGUUUUAAUUUUGGUGAGCCAUGGGAGCCAUGGGUGGACUAGAACAUCACUCGGGAUUCUCUUACUCAACUGCCAAUGGGCUUUCAGGCUCUUGCUGGGAGCUUUUAGGCACUGAGUGGCUGUUUCAGGAAAGUGAGACUCAAGAGGAAGACAAAGAAGGUUGUAGUGUAGAGAAAGUGAGGCUGGUGAAUUGGUUUGAUUGUCACAUCUAGAUGGCUGUCUAAAGCUUCUAGCAUGUCCCCUCACCUCUCCCCACCCCCUGCCACUUGAAACCUUCUACUAAUCAAGAGAAACUUCCAAGCCAGCAGAAUGGUCGGAUCUCACAGGCUGAGAAUUUGUUCCCCUCCAAGCAUUUCAUGAAAAAGCUGCUUCUCAUUAACCAUGCAAACUCUCACAGCGAUGUGAAGAGCUUGACAAAUCCUUCAAAAUAAAAAGUAAUGACUCAGAAA